AUCGUCACCGAUUCAAAUUGCCAGUGAGGCUGAGGCAAGGCAAGGGGGGUUUCGGCCGGUAAAGUAGGCUAACACCGUCGCAUCGCUAGAAGAACGGAUUUUCGGACAGGCUUUGUUUGUGUAUAAGCUUCACCACCUCCUCCAGAAAUGUGGACGGAUAUAAGGAAACUACUGCUCUUUCAUUUGUUAGUCCUAAAACACUGCUCAAAAGGAACAGAGGAAGAAGAGUGUGAGGAAGGCCAGUUUCAGUGCAAUAACAGAAGGUGUAUACCGACCAUAUGGAGGUGCGAUGACGACGACGACUGCUCAGACAACAGCGACGAGGAAAACUGUGCCAGGAAGACGUGUGCCCCGGCAGAGUUUUCCUGUGCCAACGGCCAGUGUGUACCAGGCCGCUGGCGCUGUGAUGGGGAACCAGAGUGUCCCGACGGCUCGGAUGAGGCAGACGCCACAUGCAGCAAACAGACGUGUCCUCCUGAGAAGUUUGGCUGUGGCGGCUCCACCAACAAGUGUGUCUCGUUGUCGUGGCGAUGCGAUGGCGAGCAGGACUGCGAGAACGGGGCGGACGAGGAGGACUGCGCCGCCGGCAACAAAGCCUGCCCGAAAAGCCAGUUCCAGUGUGCCAACCGCAAGUGCCUGGCACCUGUCUACGUGUGCGACGGCGAUGACGACUGUGGCGACGGCUCUGACGAACUCAAAUGCUCCGACCGCCACUCGCCAACGAACACCUGCAGCCCGCACGAGUUCCGCUGCAACACCUCGGAGUGCGUGCCCGUCAUGUGGAGCUGUGAUGGCGACCCCGACUGCCCCGACGGCUCUGACGAGUGGCCGGAGCGUUGCGGCCGUGAAGGUUCACAUCCACGACGCAGGGUGAACUGUACGAUGGAGGAGUUCCGGUGCGCCAACGGGGAGUGUGUGAGGCUGCCGUGGAAAUGUGACGGCGAUCCGGACUGCAAGGAUAAGUCAGACGAGGCAGAAUGUCCCCUACUGACGUGCAGGCCAGAUGAGUUCCAGUGUGGUGACGGCUCCUGUAUCCACGGUACCAAGCAGUGUAACAAGGUCCACGACUGUCCUGACCAGAGUGACGAGGGUGGCUGUGUCAACGCCACUAAGUGUGAGGGUCCCUUGAAGUUCCUGUGUAAGAACGGAGAGUGUAUCGACAGUGCCAAGGUGUGUGACAACUUCAAGGACUGCAAGGACCGUUCUGAUGAGCCCAAGAAGGAGUGUGGGCUCAAUGAGUGCUCACUCAACAACGGAGGCUGUUCUCACAUCUGCCAGGAUCGACCAAUAGGCUACGAGUGCCAGUGUCCCACUGGGUACAAGCUACUGGACAAGAGGACGUGUGGAGACAUUGAUGAGUGUGAGAACCCCAACGCCUGCAGCCAGAUCUGCAUCAACUACAAGGGAGACUUCAAGUGUGAAUGUUACCAAGGCUAUGAGAUGGACCCCGUCACCAAGACCUGUAAAGCAGAAGGGAAGUCUCCCUACCUGCUGUUCACCAACCGCCAGGAGAUCCGUCGUGUAGACCCGGUGAAGAGGGACUACCGCCAGGUGCUUGCCACCCAGAAGAAUGCUGUGGCGCUGGACGUAGAUGUGGCUAAUAACCGUCUGUUCUGGUGCGACCGCUUCCACCGUAACAUCUACAGUGCUCUGAUCCCAGAGGCGGGCGACCCGUCCCAGCAGGUGACCCUGGUGGACUCUGGCUCUCUCCUCUCCCCCGAGGGCCUGGCCCUGGACUGGGUCCAACACAACCUCUACUGGACCGACUCGGGCCACAAGACCGUCUCGGUGGCCUCGGCCUACGACGGCCUCAAGAGGAGGGUCCUGGUGGACACGGAGCUCAGCGAGCCCAGAGCCAUAGCGCUGGAUCCACAGCAUGGGUUCAUGUACUGGACUGACUGGGGCACCCGGGCCAAGAUAGAGAAGGCAGGGAUGAACGGGGUGGACCGACAAGUCCUGGUGUCAGACAACAUCGAGUGGCCCAACGGCAUCACCCUGGACGUAGCCAACAGGCGUCUUUACUGGGUAGACUCCAAGCUGCACCUGAUCUCCAGUGUGGACUUGAACGGGGCUCAUCGCAGGACACACCUGUCCUCCUCAGAGAGACUGGGACACCCCUACGCACUGGCCGUGUUCGAGGACCGUAUCUACUGGACAGACCGGGAGAGAGAGGCGGUGUACAGCGCUAACAGGCUAACCGGCCAGGACAUCAGCACAGUGGCCGAGCACCUCAAAGACCCUCACGACAUAGUGGUCUUCCACCCGCUCCGCCAGCAACCAGGCCCAGACAGCUGUAACCUGGGCAGUGAGGACAACGGUGGCUGUGAGUACCUGUGUCUCAAAGCCCCCCAGAUCACAGAGCACUCCCCCAAAUACACCUGCGCCUGCCCCACAGGACAGGACCUGGGCCCCGAAAUGCGUGCCUGCAUGCCAGCAAAUGAGACUACUACCACAUCACCGCCUGUGGCCAUCACCACGACCGCCAACGACAAGGACUCCCCUCGCACUUCUGGGUCGUCCCAGGCAGACGCCGGGGUGCCCCACCUCAUCCCAGCCCCCUCCAGCACCCCAGAGACCCCCCCUAGCUCAAAAUCUGGGGUGGAGGAGAAGGAAGGCCGGGGUUUGGAUCCCACUGCUGCCACCAAAAUCAUGGUCACCUCCACCACAGUAGGCUUCGUCGUCAAGGAGGACAGCAACCUCUCCCACCACUCUGGAAGUGAGCAUUUCCUCCUUGGUGAGAACCUGACAGUGGCAGUUCUGGGAGUAGUGAUCCCCAUAGUUCCUAUUGUUGCCACAGUGAUCUUCGGCCUGCUCUGCACCGGCGUCUACCUGGUUUGGCGGAACUAUCGCCAGAACGCCACCAAGAGCAUGAAUUUCGACAACCCUGUCUACCGCAAGACCACGGGCGAGGGCGAGGAGGAUGAGAUUCACAUCGGCCGGACGGAUGGCAUCAUGGGCGGCCACCACGGGCACCACCCGUACCCGGCCGGAGUGGGGUGUGGCAUAGUCGGCGGGGGCGGAAAUACAUGCCCACAGUUCAUUGCGCUGCCACUGGGUGGCAGUAUGCCCGAUCCGGGAACUCAUUGGUACACGGAGCAGCCUAUACUGUCUACUACGGCGAAAUGAGUAUGGAGACAAGACAAGAUGGCCGCUCAGGAGGUUAAUUUUCAAGAUGGCCGCCGCUCAGGCACACGCACACACAGCACUGAGAUUACGGGUCACUCAAGCUGACUGACUGUUGAAUGGAUGGACAUAUGAUGUUAUGAUAUCAUCACAUCCAGCCAUUCAAGUCCAUGAUGUGCCAGUUCAUUACACAGGAUCGACAGUUUUACACUUUCUACGUUUUUUAAAUGUGAUGUCAGAGUUUGAGUGGGUUCCAUUUGAAUUCCUGUCAAUUUAGAAAAUUGAUAAGAAUUCAAGUUCAUGAAUUCUCUACGUAUCAAUUGAAUUUAGAUACAUUUCCUCACGGGACUUGAAAAGGAGUCAACUCCAAUUCUGUAUGUUAUUCAUCCACUUUUGAUCAACCCAAGCAGUGUUCUGUGUUAUAUGUCUCACGUUUAAGGGCGAGAGGAGUUCCAAAAUAUUAUUUUAGUCCUUGACGUUUUAAAUGUAGGCUCUCCAUUUUAUUUCCCUGGUGGAACCUCAUAUUCUGGAGAGACUUUUUAGGAGGAGGUUUAAACCACGGCAGCACCUUAGUAGAUGGGACAAUCUGUACGGUUUUAAGAUAUUAAUUCAACAUGUUUUAUUGCUCACCUCAUUAUUACUAAAGAUGUCAUAGGGUUUAGUUAUUCUGGUCAGGGCAUUUGUCUUGGAGUGGACUGAAAGGUUUAAGAGAGAGGUUGCUGUGUGUGGGCUUGUGUGUGAGUGUGAGUUUGCUUGUCUGUCCCAGCAUUUGUGUGUGCAUUUACGUGUGUGUAAGCCUCUGUGUGUACUUUUUUUUUCAAAGCAUCCUUGUUGAUAUCCUGUGAAGUACAGUUGAGCCCAUGGCUGAAACCUCUUUGAUGUUUUCUUUAUUGAACCACAAAGGCUAUCAGAAGGCAAGCAGGGCAUAGGAGGGUCAAGGAGAGAUUUUAGUGGGAUCCAAGAAAAACUGAAGGCUUAGCGAGAGAAGCCUUUGUAAUUAUUAAGGGUGGCCUGGAUUUAUAGGCCCAGUGAAAAUACGUCUAACUAGCAGCUAAUGGCCAAGGGUAUCUGUGUUAGGCAUGAUAAUGACAACAGAGUUGGCUAAAACCGAAAUAGCUAGCUUUCUGUCUAGCAUGCUGGUUAUCAAGGCUAAAGCAUAAAUAGCUAGCUUUCUGGCUAGCAGGCUGUUUAUCAAGGCUAAAGCAGAAAUAGCUAGCGUUCUGGCUAGCAGGCAGUUUAUCAAGGCUAAAGCAGAAAUAACUAGCUUCCUGGCUAGCAGGCUGUUUAUCAAGGCUAAAGUAGAAAUAGCUAGCUUUCUGGCUAACAGGCUGUUUAGCAAGGCUAAAGCAGAAAUAGCUAGCUUUCUGGGUAGCAGGCUAAUGUGUAUCUAGGCUAAACCAGAAAUGGCUAGUGGCUACCAGGCUAAUUGUUAGCUAUUAUUCUUCUCUCCUUUUUAGCUGUUUUCCAUGGCCAUAGGGUAUGUGGUUGGUAAAUGUGUCAUCUGUUUUUGAUGAUUUUAUUCUCCCAUCUGCUCUCUUUGUCAAUAAACUCACACACACACAGUCACUCACCCUUGAUAGAUCACACACAGGCAUGCAUAUUCACUCACCCUUCACAAGCACUCCACAAUGCCUCUGUCCUCGUCCUUUGAGCAGAUGUCAUUGUGAGCUUUCAUACAGGAGGACCUCAGUAGGAGGUCUUUCAUACAGGAGGACCUCAGUAGGAGGUCUUUCAUACAGGAGGAUCUCAGUAGGAGGUCUGUCAUACAGGAGGAACUCAGUAGGAGGUCUGUCAUACAGGAGGAACUCAGUAGGAGGUCUGUCAUACAGGAGGAACUCAGUAGGAGGUAUAUCAUACAAGAGGAUCUCAUUAGGAGGUCUAUCAUACAGGAGGUCUAUCAUGCAGGAGGAACUCAGUAGUAGGUUGAUUGCUGACAAAAGGCUCCUGUCAGGUGAUUUGGUGGCCGAGGCCACGUGGCAGAUUUAGACUUCGUCACAAAUAGCACCCUAUUCCCUUAAUAGUGCACUACUUUUGACCAGUGUCUGUAGGGGAUCCCAUAGGGCUCUGGUCUAAAGUAGUGCACUAUAUAGGAAAUAGGGUGCCAUUUGGUAUGCAAUUUUCAACAGUAAUGUGGUUCAGUCAGGUUGGAUCCUCCUGUCAGUAAACACGGCCCUCCUUUAUCCCCCUGUCCUUUUGUCCCCCUCUCUUUUGUCCCCCUGUACUUUUGUCCCCCUCUCUUUUGUCCCCCUGUCCUUUUGUCCCCCUCUCUUUUGUCCCCCUCCCUUUUGUCCCCCUGUCCUUUUGUCCCCCUCUCUUUUGUCCCCCUGUCCUUUUGUCCCCCUCUCUUUUGUCCCCCUCCCUUUUGUCCCCCUGUCCUUUUGUCCCCCUCUCUUUUGCCCCCCUGUCCUUUUGUCCCCCUCCCUUUUGUCCCCCUGUCCUUUUGUCCCCCUCUCUUUUGUCCCCCUGUCCUUUUGUCCCCCUCCCUUUUGUCCCCCUGUCCUUUUGUCCCCCUCUCCGUUUGUGCUGUCUGUCACACUAGUGCUCCGCUGUGUGGGGUAAAUAGACAUUUCAGAGUCCCUUCCGUUGUUGUAUUUUUGUUCACGGAGACCGACAGGAUGGAAUGGGAAAGAGCGAGAUGGUGGGUGUGUGUUUGUUUAUGUUCAUCCCACAGCCAUAUUGAAAACGUUUUGUAGGCUCUUUGUUGCCCAGCCCUCUCAGAAUGUGUUGUGUGUAUUGCAUGGGGAGAACAUAAGGUGUGUGUGUGUGUGCGUGCGUGCGUGCGUACGUGCGUGCGUGCGUUGUGCACGUUUGUCAGAGUGAAUGCACGUGUGUUUGUGUAUUUGGGACCGGAGUAGCUGGGGGGGUUUGAAAAUCAUGAUUUGUAAAUACAUUGUCAUAUUGCAAAAAAAAGUUUGAUAAAGUAUUAUACAAUUGUGUAAAAGAAAAAGAUGUACAUAAGAUUUUAGAUAAGAAAAAAUAAUUGAUGACGGUAAAUUAAUUUAUUUGUAUAAAAGAACACUGUAUUGCCUGAUGGUACGAAAUAUGAAUUAACCACCAAAGUGUUUUGUGUUGUCGCUUGGUCUUGCUUCAUCUGAUAUCCUUUUCUUUUUCCAAUUUUUUAUUUGAUUUAUUAGUUCAAGUCAUACAAGGUGGUUCUUCCUCAAUAUUCUCCAUAUCAUCUCAUUGUCUUUCAUCCCCAGUGUUUAGAAAAUCUAUUAUUGUUUUCUAGUGCCUUUUUUCUUCUUUAGGUCUUUUUUGAAAAACUGUUUUGCUGUGGGAGGAGACGGGUUCUUAUGUACCGGAAAAUAACAGCUGUACUCAAAUUGCCAAAACAGUCUGUCACCUUUUUAUUACUUUCUGAAGUUGUUCUUAAAUAUCUCUAUAUAUUGAUAUAUACAAUUUUAUUGAA